AUGUCCGGCGGCGGUUGGACAUUGCGUUGGGGGGUCGUACCAAGUGACGUGAUCUAUCGAUGCAUCAGUCACACGAAGAAGAAAGUGUCUGAACUCAGUGCAUACCUUGUCGAGCUGGAAGCUGCCGACGAAGCUGUGAAUGAACCCGCGCUGCCUGGAGAGGACGAGUCAAGUGACGAUGAAGAAAGCGACGACGACCAGAGCAUUCUUACGGAUAUUGUUGUCUAA